AGCUGAUGGCUACAGGCCACCUCUGGCUAGGGGUGUGUAAACUUGAAGAACUCGGGCUUUUUCAGUUUAAACCUUCACUUGUAUCACAGCGCAGCAAAGAUGCCUGAACAAAGCAAUGAUUACAGGGUGGUUGUGUUUGGAGCGGCAGGGGUUGGCAAAAGCUCCUUGGUCCUUCGUUUUGUAAGGGGAACUUUCAGGGAAACCUAUAUCCCCACAAUUGAAGAUACGUACCGGCAGGUAAUCAGCUGUGAUAAGAGCAUCUGCACCCUUCAGAUUACCGACACCACGGGAAGCCAUCAGUUCCCUGCCAUGCAGAGGCUGUCUAUAUCCAAAGGGCAUGCUUUCAUCUUGGUGUACUCUGUCACCAGCAGGCAGUCCAUGGAAGAUCUUCAUCCCAUUUUUGAACAGAUUUGUCAGAUUAAAGGAGACAUCCAAAAAAUCCCAAUAAUGUUGGUGGGUAACAAAAGUGAUGAGACCCAGAGGGAGCUGGAUGCCAGUGAGGGGCAAGCAUUAGCCAGCAAGUGGAAGUGCUCCUUUAUGGAGACAUCAGCCAAAAUGAACUACAACGUGCAGGAGCUCUUCCAGGAGCUCUUGAAUCUGGAGAAGAGGAGAACUGUCAGUCUUCAGGUGGACGGAAAGAAAUCCAAGCAGCAGAAAAAGAAAGAUAAACUGCAAGGCAAGUGCUCUGUUAUGUGAUGGACUUUUGCUGGACUCGCACCAUUGCAUGGUGUUGUCGGAGCAUGGACUCCCACAGAAAACAGAGUUCUGCUCGAGGUGUAGGACAAGUCCAUGCCUUACAGGGCUAUUGCUUUUCUCUUAAAAUCCUCGUUGGAUUAUUUUAUGUGUUGGUUUUAAAGAGGAUGGCUUUCUGCAUGUUUAUUUUUUUAACACAAUAAAUGUUCAAUGUUAGCAAUUA